AGGGCGCUGUGGUGUUCGUCCCGUUCAUAGUUCACGCUGUUCACUGUAAUUUUGCGCCUCAGUUUAUCUUUAUCCCAUCGUCUGUUGUGUUUGUCUAUGCGUCCGCCGUCUUAGUGAAUAACAACGAAAUCGAUAACAGAAUCCGUCUCGCCGCUCUGGUCAGCAUCAUCGUCUUGGUGCCGUUUGCUCGACGGUUCCUUUGGUUUGCUUGUCGGUCUGUUUCCGCCGCCACCAUAGCAUUUAGUGAUAACCAACCUCGUCCGAUCAACUAUCGUAUUCUUGCUCGCUGUACCGCGUCUUGUGUUUCGCUGUAACGAUGACCGUCAUGGCAUAUCGUUUGGCCGUCGUUUAACGACCCGUCGCAGAAAAACCGAUUCGCCGCCACCUCAUCCAUCGGAAAUUUUUCCGUUCUUCAGUCUUCUCACCGUCCGGUGUGUGUGUGUGUUGCACGUUACAUGGUCGCCGAGAUGAAAUUGGUAGACAAUGUGGUGCGUAGCUUCAAGGUGGCUAAAGUGUUCCGCGAGAAUACUGACAAGAUCAACAGUUUCGACUUCUCGCCCGCCGGCGACUACAUUAUAUCGUGCAGCGAGGACGAUCAGAUCGUCAUAUAUGAUAGUCAAAAAGGCGAGUUAUCCAAAACCAUCAACAGUAAGAAGUAUGGCGUCGAUCUCAUACACUUUGCGCACACCAAGACCACAGCUAUUCACAGCUCGACCAAAAUUGAUGACACCGUCAGAUAUUUAUCAUUGCAUGAUAAUAAGUAUAUCAGAUAUUUCACGGGACAUACAAAAAAAGUUGUGUCAUUAUGUGUAUCACCUAUUGAAGACAUGUUUGUAUCUGGAUCAUUGGACAAAAGUCUAAGAUUAUGGGAUUUGAGGUCACCAAAUUGUCAAGGAUAUAUUAAUGUAAUGGGAAGACCUGUAGCUGCUUUUGAUCCUGAAGGUUUAGUGUUGGCAGCAGGCAUAAAUUCUGAAACGCUGAAAUUGUUUGAUAUUAGAUCUUUUGACAAAGGACCAUUCAUUACUGUAAAGCUUCCUCAGGAGAAAGAAUGUGAUUGGACUGACCUCAAAUUUAGUCAAGAUGGCCGAACGAUUCUUAUACCUACUAAUGGAUCUUUAAUUAGGUUGAUUAAUGCAUUUAAUGGUACACCUAUUCAAACAUUCACUGGCCAUCUGAAUAAUAAAGGAAUUCCAAUUGAAGCAUCAUUUAGUCCAGACUCUCAGUACAUUUUCAGUGGAUCAACUGAUGGCCGUAUUCAUGUGUGGAAUGCAGUUACUGGUUAUAAAGUUUGUGUUCUCAAUGGUGAUCAUAUAGGACCAGUUCACUGUGUUAAAUUCAACCCUAAAUAUAUGAUGAUGGCUUCAGCAUGUACAAAUAUGGCAUUUUGGUUGCCCAGCUUAGAUGAUGGAGCAAAUUUAUCAUAAGUUACAAUUUAUUUUAUUAG